AUGGAGAACGGAGCCACGUCUCAGGGUGAGGGCAAAGACCCCUCGGGCUUUUUGAGCGAAAUCAUCGGCAACCCCGUCACUGUCAAGCUGAACUCUGGCGUCGUCUACAAGGGUGAGCUGCAAUCUGUUGAUGGCUACAUGAACAUUGCCCUGGAGAAGACAGAGGAGUAUAUCAACGGCGUGAAGAGGCGGAGCUACGGUGAUGCGUUUGUUCGCGGCAAUAACGUCAUGUAUAUCUCUGCGGAUUGA